AUGGAGUAGUAACCAGUCAUAGCUGUUUAGCAAAAUGAAUGUUAAUAGCAUAAAGGAAAAUAAGUAGAAUGCAUAUGUAUUGACUUAAAAUAGUAAUAAAAAUUUAUGUGUUUAGCUUGCGUUUUAAAGAGUUAUUAAAAUGUUAAAUACUUCAUUUCAGUUAAAGAAGUUCUAGAAAAUAAUGAAAAGUAGCCCGUUCAGAAUUGGCCUAAAGAUAUUUCUUCUAAUCUAAUGAAUCAUCUACUAUUAGAUAGAUCUUAGUGCAGAAAUUAGAUGAUUGAAAAGAUAUCAAACUAUUUCAAGUCGCUUCAAACCUAUAUUUAUGAAUCUAUUGAUUAAUAGCAAUAGAAAAUGUUGAAAGUUUUAAAUGCUUUAUAUGAUGAGUUAGAUCAACAGCAUGUAUAUUACAAUUAGUUCUUUUAAAGAGAGAAACUGUUUAGUAUAAUUCAAAAAGAAUCAUAUUCAAAUGAUGAAUUUAAUGAGCUGCUUAGUCAAAUUGAAGAAAAUAAAAUGUAAAACUUAGAAUAUUUAGAAAAAAGAAGAUAAAUAGCUGAUAUUUUUGAGAAAUAAGUAUUUUAGCAACCUCAGGAAAUCUUAAAUACAGUAAAUUUACUUAUCUAAAAUAUAGAUUUUUUUGAAAAUGAAGAAAUUAGAUCAAUUAUACCUAAUUAUGACGAAUUGAUUUUAAAAGAAAAUAAUAUAACAGAUUUUAAUUCUUUAUUAGCAGAAUAAGUGUUGAAUCUAAUAAAUCAGAGUUGCAAGACUCAGCAUAUAAUCUCUUAAUAUGAUGAAAUUCUUGAUUAUAGAAAAGAAUAAGCGGAAUACAAAUUUUAAAAUAUAUUAAAUUUAUAUCUUUUCUCUGAUAUCCAAGAUAUUAUUAACGAAGUAUAGGAAGAUAAUUUUACUGAAGAAAUUACUUCUGCAAAAAUCGACAUUAUUUAGAAACUUGAAAAUUAAUUAAAAAGUCUUGAUGAAGAUUAUGAGCUUUAAUAAGAAGAUCAAGAAGAUUGUUUUUCAUAAAUAAAAUAUUUUUAAUUGCUAAGAUAAGUUUAGAAUAUUUAUUUUUAAGAUUCUAAAAUAGUAAAGCUAUUUUAAAGUAAAUAACUUUAAAAUUCAAAUACAAUGAGGCCUUUUGAAGCUGUAUUUACAAAUUUUAUAGAAUAAUUUAAUAGUAAUUAAAAUUUUUAUCUAAAAUUAUAACCAUCUAAAUAUGCUACAUUACCUAUUGUUUAAGGUCUUCUAGUUUCCUCUUGUAACGAAGGAUAAGUUUAUUUUGACCUCUAAAUUAAUAAAAAAAAAACUUAUUUUAUAGUAUUUAAAAUUCAUACAUUUAAAAAUUCUUAAUCUCUUGUUUUUGGACUACUUGAUUAUAAUUAAUAAAAUAAAUCUCUUUAAUAAUAAAACAGCCUUUUUAAUUAAAGUAAUAAUAAUAAUAAUAAUAAUAAUAAUAAUAAUAAUAGAUCAAUAAGUACAUCCAAUAACUAAAGCAAUAAAAUUCGAGGAAAUUUUAUUUAAGAAAGAAAUAUUCCUUAAUAUUUAGAGAUGAGAGUUAAUAUUGAAAAAAAUUACUUAAGUAUUUCAGAUUAUCCUUCUUAUGAGAAUGUUAAUUAAUGUAAUUUAAGCUUAAUAUAAAAUUGUAGUUAUAAAUUAGCAUUUGGAUUUGGUAAUAUUCCUUAACAGCAUACAGUCUCAGUAGAAUAUUUUUAUGAAAGUGAAAAUUUUUAAUCAUUUUGA